AUGUCGCGUCAGGACUGGCGCAAGAUGUGCCGGAACGCGGCUCGAGCCUACCGCCACUACACCAACCCGGCCCGGGCGCUGCCGCGUGCGGAGAGGCUGCAGCAGGCGCUGGCCUUCGCCAUCGAGCGACACCACAACGUGGUGGUGGCCCAACUGCUGAGUGGUCGGUUCCAAGGCGGCGGUGGCGACGAGGGCGCACUGCCGUGGGAGGAGUUGCUGGAGCGCGCGGCAGUCGCGCCCAGCUUCAACCGGCAGAGCGGCCAGCCGCCACUCAACGUCGCCGCACGGUCGGGCAACGAGAGAGCGACGGUGAUGCUCCUGGAGAAGGGCCUCUCGGUGACGAGCACCACCGUCAAGCUGGCCAUACAGAACACCACCCGGACCGCGUACACGCUCCUGCUGCGGCUGCUGGAGCACACAGCCGGUGGUCAGAUUCGCGACGCCAGCAGCCUUGAACAGGCGCUGUCGCCGCUCUACCUGAGCACCUCGAGCUUGUUCUUCUUGGCCGCGGAGUCGGAGAACAUCGAGGUCAUGCGCGAGGUUCUGGCGCUCCAGCCCGACGAGGGCGCUGUGGCACGAGUGUUGGGCGCCAGUGGAGCAACGGCCCACCCCACCCCGCUCCUGCACAUGGCCUGCAGCAACCGACUACGCCGCACGCUGGAGUUUGUGCUCCCCCUGGCGUCGACUGCCCUUCUCGACCAGGAUUGGGGCAGCGAGACGCCGCUCAUGGUGGCGGCAACGAGCGGCGACCUGUGCAUGACGAAGCAGCUGCUCGAUCGGGGGGCCUCUGUCACGUGGUCAACCUUGCCCUCUGGCGAAGCGGUGCUGCACAAAGUGGCCAAGAGUGACCACCCUACGCUGGAAAUGGUGGAGCUGCUGGUCGAACGAGGAGCCGACCCACUCGCCAGGACGCCGCCGGUGGACGUUCAGGGCGAACUGCUCAAGCCGGCCAUCGUUAACUUUCUCCUCAAUCGAGGCGUGCUGGAUAGAGACAGCAGGCUGCACCUCCUCGCCCUCGUGUUGUCCUGGAUGUCGGAGCACGGCAUCCGGGACUACCAGAGCCUGCAGACGUCGGUGCUCGCCAUUCUGCGGCUGCUCUUGGCCAGGGACCCGGCCGAGUGGAAGCGCCUCCUGCAAGGAACGACCGAUCCCGAGUCAAUCUGGCGACUGGCCGCGUGCAACUCGGCAGCCUUCAUACGCCUGCUGGUGGAGCACGGGCUGCCGCUUGUCAAUCCUGCGCCGAGCAAGUCGCCUCUCUUUCUAGUGCUCCAGGCCCCCGCUGCCGGGCUGCCGGGAAAGAAAGCAGCGAACGCCAGGGUGCUGCUCGAGCUGGGCGCCGAUGCGAACGAGGCGUGGACGGCGGGCAUCAGACCCAUCCACGCGGUGGAGAAAGGAGAGAAGGAGCUGCUCGAUGCGCUGCUGGCCCACGGCGCCGACAUCAACGCCACCUAUGGCGAAGGUCGCACGCUGCUCCACCGCCAGAUCGACGCCGGGCCGCAGCUGCCGCGCAGGUGGCUGGAGCACCUCAAGGCCAAAGGCUUCGACUUCUCGCUGCGGUGGCGUGACCAAAGCUACAGCGAGUACUGGCAGCAGAGGCACCGCAGUGGCUCGCCCCUGGCUGACCUCCACAACCUCGUCCACGAGAGCACCGCCUUGUAA